AUGCGGGAGGUUCUGCGCGCCGCGUGCGCCGCGGGCGAAUGGCCGCCGUCCGGCCCCCUCAUGUAUAUGUCCGGCAGGCAAAAGUGCAAGCACUGCGAGAAGCGGUUCAGUAACCUGUGGGUCACGAACGCGUCGUGCUUCGAGUGCGAGACGCGGAAGCGCGACGCCGGGGAGUGCCCCGUGAGCGCGCGGGGGAAGUGUCCGAAGAGGGCGUUUUGUCCGCACGAGAAGAAGUGCAUCGCGUGCGAGCGCGCGUCGUGCGAAGCGUGCGGGAUAACCUGCGGCGACGGCGACGACGUCGCGUCGUUGAUCGAGUCCACGCGCGCGCGGUGCGUGUUUUUGGACUUCGACCGGACGUUAUGCAGCACGAAGACCGGGGCGUCGCCGCUGCACGGGAGAGGGCACUCGUUGGACGCCGAUCUCGCGGGCGUCGCGGCGUCGCAUCCGUCGGUGCACGUCGUGACUCGGAAUUCGCACGUGGAAGACAUCCGCGCGUUUCUGACGCGCGAGGGCGUGCCGCGCGGCGUGCGGGUGCACAACGUCGGGAGGGGCGUCAGCAAAGGACGCGUCAUUCGAGAGAUCAUAGACGCGUUUGAAAAAGAAAAGGAGCGAGGAGACUCCGGCAGCGGCGGCGAUUGCGAUUGCGGAUUGGCGAUUGCGGAUUGCGGCGGCGAUCGCGGCGGCGAUUGCGGCGAGAGACGCUACGUCUUCGCCGACGAUAGCGUCGUGGAGCUUCUCGACGCGGACGUCGCGAGCGUCGAGGGGCUCGUUCGAGUGCUCUUCAGCCGCGCGCUGGCGUGA